AAUGAUCAAACAGAACACAAAGAUGGUCUCAGAAUUUCCAUAACUUUUUUAUGGGUGUUUGGUAUGGCGUCUGUCGCUGAAGAGGCGUUAGAAAUGGCGAUCAAUAUAGAUUCAACUUUGAAAAGUACAUUUCCAUAAAUUAUGGUUUACUAUUCACUCUGAUGACCAAUGCUGUAUUGUGGUUCAUCUCAGAAAUGGAGGAAAUAGAUGGAUAUUACGAAAACUUCGAUAUACAUGCAAACAGAUCACAAGAUCCAUGCUUUUGGAAUUCAAAUAUAACAAGAGAAGUUCUGUCAAAACUCAACCCUUACCUUUCACCUGCAAAUAUCGAAUUCUUCUUGCUCUCGUCGGGUCUAAUUCUGAGUAUGAUGCCAAAACAUUCUCAGAGUGAUUUAGGUGAAGAAGAAGAGCAGACGCCCGAGGAGUUGGUUCCGAUUCUUGGUCCAACUGAAAGACGACAUCUGAGAGAAAGGCCCCACCAACUCCACCAUCCAGUCACACACUUUGCUUUCAUAAUCAUCGUUAUCAUUGUAAAUCUGACACUGAUUACAGGCAAUGUUGUAUUUGUAUUCGUUUUGCCAGAUAGCAACAGUAUGUUUUGUACAUGGUUAGUCAUUGAUACACUUUACAAACUGAUUAUGUUGAUAGUCAUAUUGCUGAUUUAUUACCAUAUCCAUAUCUUUGGUGAGACGGAGCCGAGAAGGCAUCAUCUAAAACCAGGCCAAUACAUUCUACUUAUAUCUACCAUGGGGACAGUAGCCGUCUGUGCGUUUGGAAUGAUAGGAGGAGUCCAAAUCCUCCCAGCUUUCAAAGGACAUAUUUAUAUAACUGACAACUCCCUUGACAUCACUGUUGCUUUCUUACAGACUGUUCUAUUGAUACACAUGGAACGGAUUAACCGAUUGAACUCGGAAGGCAACCAUAUUCCUACAGAACUUCUAUGCGUUUUUCUAGCCCUUUGUAACAUAACAUACUGGAUUCUUGAUAGCUUUAUUGAUGUCCGAUAUAUAGAAUCGAAACACAUUACUGGUGAAAUAUUUGACAAGGAGAACUGGGAUGACGUACAAGAUUUAUUGGCGCCAAUGCUAAUUUUUUAUCGGUUUCACGCAUUCCUUGAUUGGUACGUUAUAUACUGUAAAUUUAAAAGAAUGUACAAAUAAAUGAUAAAGAGAAAUUU